GCAUACCCCCAUCACAUCACCGCAACAGGGACCGCCGGGAGGAUGGAACAGAUCAUUACCUCGAUUGUCUGCUUUUUAAUGAUUUUGGCCAUCGUUCGCGUAGGCAGCGUUCCUGCACCGAGUGACAUCAUAUCUGGGCGUGAGUUCCUAUCGAUACUAAUGAAACCGACCGACGGCGAAACGGCUGCCACACCUAAGCAACCGUCCCGGAGCUUCCGUGGGCUGCGCAAGUUUCGACACUUCUUCUUCGAUCAGUCCAGCACUGACGAUGACACUAUACUGCCGAUCGAGGCACUGUUCACGUCCCAGGAAGAUCUGGACCGGAGCAGUACACGGUUCUACGGUUACAGGAAGGGUGGGCAGCGUGCUAGCGGUGAUAGUAGUAGUACGACACCGCCGGCUACAACGACGAUAGAGCCAGUGGCGUUGGUGAAUGAUUCAGUUGAUCCGGUUACUACCGUAGCACCCUCGUGGCUCGUUGACGGCGAGCCAACGACGCCGCUGACGGAGGCGAAUGGAACCACCGGCGAGAGUACAGAGCUGACGACACCGCAGGACGACAUUAGCACGGUGACUGGUGGGAUGUUGGUAGAGGAAGAGACACAGACGGAGUUGCCAAUGGUAAGGACCGUUGGACGGUAUGCAAAACGUGCCAAAGCGAUCCAGCAACCGGUAGAGUAUGCGAAGGAAGAGUCUCCUGUUCGUCACUCGAAUGCGCAUCGUAGCGAGCUAACGGUUGAGGAGCUCGGACCGACGAUAAGCAAGGAGGAAGGAGAGUCCGACUCAGCCAAAGGCGAAUCUUCCUCGGUCGCGAAGUUGGUGGCCCCACCGGGUACAUCCCACCAGCGCUACCGGACACAGCGUAAGCAAGAGUCUAAAGGUGGACCCUCCUUCCAAGCGGUGAGCUAUCGUGACCGAAAGCCUGCAGAUGGUUCAGCCUGGAGGGAUGUAAACGAUGAGCCACGCUUGGAGAGCGAUCGCAAGGCACAGUUGAAGCUGACCAGGGAGAAAACCAUUCCGCAGAUGUACUCCGAACCGGCACGGUUUUAUUCCGAACCGGCGCAGUUCUAUUCUGAACCGGCGAAGGUGUAUUCGGAACCGGCCAAGGUGUACGGCGAACCGGAGAAAGUGUACUCUGAACCAGCGCGGGUGUAUUCCGAACCAGCCAAAGUGUAUUCGGAACCAGCGAAGAUCUAUUCCGAGCCUGCGAAGAUAUAUUCGGAACCGGCCAAGAUUUACUCGCAACCGUCCAGCUAUUGGCAAACGGCUUACUCACCAAUCGAUCCAUCGACAAUUGCAACUACAACGACGACGACAGCGACAACUAUGGCACCAACUACAACAGAGUCCACCACGACCGAAUCAUACACACAGACAAUGUCCGCCGGCACUACCGUUGGAUCGGUACGUUUGGUUUUCAACGAGCUGGACAAAAUCCCGUAUGACCAGCUGAAUGCACCAACGGUUGACGGAGAAGACGUUGGCUCGAUCCAUAACGCAAUCGGGAAGUUUGUCCCGAAGCAAAGCCACGGACUCGAUAAGCCGGAUCAGCAGGGCGAACCGCAGCAGACGGAUGGGUUUGCCGGCCAGCCGCCGGUAGGCCCCGUAGUGCAAACGCUAGCACCGGUACUAGGUUCCGGCGACGACUCGAAGGUUGGGUACGUUGUUGAGGGGCGCAACUAUCGCAAGUACCGGGUGGAGGAGAAAACUCCGGACGGUUUCAUAGUCGGCGAAUAUGGCGUACUGUCGCACAACGAUGGUAAUCUGCGAGGCGUUCGCUACACGGCCGAUUCGGACAUUAAUCCGCGCCUGAUAUAUGACGCACUGUUAAAGUUUCUUUCCCUAUGAAGCUGCUU